AGGGUGGUGAGCGGGUGGAGAGGCAGGGUUGAGCCCGUUUGUGCGAGGUGCGGGCCCGGAGGGCAGUCCGCGGCGGCAGGGCCCGAGCAGCGACGCGGAGCUGUCAGCAUGGCGGGUAUCUCAGAGCCCUACAUUGAAAUAUUUGAACAACCCAGGCAAAGGGGCAUGCGUUUCAGAUACAAAUGUGAAGGAAGAUCAGCAGGUAGCAUUCCAGGAGAACACAGUACUGACAACAACAAGACAUUCCCAUCUAUACAGAUUCUGAACUAUUUUGGAAAAGUCAAAAUAAGAACUACAUUGGUAACAAAGAAUGAACCCUACAAGCCACACCCUCAUGAUCUAGUUGGAAAAGACUGCAGAGAUGGCUACUAUGAAGCAGAGUUUGGGCCUGAACGUCGAGUCCUGUCUUUUCAGAAUUUGGGAAUUCAAUGUGUGAAGAAGAAAGACCUGAAAGAAUCAAUUUCUUUGCGAAUCUCAAAGAAGAUCAACCCCUUUAAUGUGCCUGAAGAACAGCUGCACAACAUCGAUGAAUAUGAUCUCAACGUUGUCCGCCUCUGUUUCCAAGCUUUCCUCCCUGAUGAACAUGGCAACUACACAUUAGCUCUUCCUCCUUUGAUUUCCAACCCAAUCUAUGACAACAGAGCUCCCAACACAGCAGAACUGAGAAUUUGCCGUGUGAAUAAGAACUGUGGAAGUGUAAAGGGAGGAGAUGAAAUUUUUCUUCUGUGUGAUAAAGUUCAAAAAGAUGACAUAGAAGUCAGAUUUGUCUUGGACAACUGGGAGGCAAAAGGCUCCUUCUCCCAAGCUGAUGUUCAUCGCCAGGUUGCAAUUGUGUUCAGAACACCGCCAUUCCUCAGAGACAUCACAGAACCCAUCACGGUGAAGAUGCAGUUACGAAGACCUUCAGACCAGGAAGUCAGUGAACCAAUGGAUUUCAGAUACCUACCAGAUGAAAAGGAUCCAUAUGGUAACAAAGCAAAAAGGCAAAGAUCAACGCUGGCCUGGCAAAAGCUCAUACAGGACUGUGGAUCAGCUGUGACAGAGAGGCCAAAAGCAGCUCCAAUCCCCACUGUCAACCCUGAAGGAAAGCUGAUUAAGAAAGAACCAAAUAUGUUUUCACCUACACUGAUGCUGCCUGGGCUAGGAACGCUGACGAGCUCCAGCCAGAUGUACCCUCCAUGCAGCCAGAUGCCCCACCAGCCUGCGCAGCUUGGCCCUGGAAAGCAGGACACACUCCCUUCCUGCUGGCAGCAGCUGUUCAGCUCCUCCCCUUCAGCCAGCAGCCUGCUCAGCAUGCACCCGCACAACAGCUUCACAGCAGAAGUGCCUCAGCCCAGUGCUCAGGGCAGUAGCUCUCUCCCAGCUUUCCACGAUAACCCACUGAACUGGCCUGAUGAGAAGGAUUCCAGUUUUUACAGGAAUUUUGGCAGCACAAAUGGGAUGGGAGCAGCGAUGGUGUCAGCUGCGGAUAUGCAGAGUGCUUCCAGUAACAGCAUCGUCCAUGCCACUCAUCAGGCCAGUGCCACUGCUGCGAGCAUCGUGAACAUGGAGACCAAUGACAUGAACUGCACUAGUCUCAACUUUGAAAAGUAUACUCAGGUGUUAAAUGUAAGCAACCACAGGCAGCAGCUCCAUCAGGCACCUGCAGCAUGUCCACCUGUGGCAGCCCCUGGCAGCACUCCCUUCAGUUCACAACCAAAUUUAGCUGAUACAGCAGUUUACAACAGCUUUCUAGACCAAGAAGUUAUAAGUGAUUCAAGACUAUCAACCAACCCUCUCCAGAACCAUCAGAACAGCCUUACCCUUACAGAUAACCAGUUCUAUGACACCGAUGGUGUCCACACUGAUGAGCUCUAUCAGUCUUUCCAGUUAGAUACAAACAUAUUACAAAGCUAUAACCAUUGAGCCGGCACUAGGCUGAGGUAGGCACACAGAGCUUUACGAAGGAGUAACUCACCCUUCUGCUUUCUCUUUCAGAAUGCUACUGUGUAAAUCUCACGGUGUAACUUAAAGUUUUUUAUAUAUAUAUAUAUUCGUCAGCCCCCAAACUGUUGCCCUUGAAGAAGCAUUUGAGGUGUUGUACCUUCAAAGCUCUUAAACAUUUUUAUGGUGUUGGAAAAAGGAAUUACUUAAAGCAUUGGGAAGAAAAGCUGGUAUCUUCAGAAGGGUCAAAUUUUCAAUAAUUCACAGGGUUAAUACUGUUUGGAAAUAAAACAUUUUGCUAUGGAAAUUAAAUUAACAUUUCAAAAGGACAAACUAGGAAAAAACUGCAUGUGGGCACUCUAGUUCAGACUCACCUAACAUUUAUGUUUUAUUCAACUUGCUUGAAAGAUUUAGGUUUCUUACCCUCUUUCGCAUAAAAUAUUUUUCUCCUAAAACAAAAUCAUGCAUUGAUUUUUUUUUUCUAUAUUUCACCGCAUUCCAUUUGCUUUCAAGGCAAAUUUACUCUAAAGAAAUUUAAUGACUAUGUCAUUGUUAGAUAUGUUUUAAAGACCGGAAGGUUUGAGUUUUUAAAUAGUCCAGCUCUCUUGUAAAUGCAUCACUGCACAAAAGAAUGAGCAGAAAGUAAGGACUUCUCUGCACUUCAUCCCAAGUGCACUAUUUUAAAUGAUAAAACCCUGUUGCUUUAGGAAUGGAGCAUGCUGUUAUUUCUCUGGAAUUUGUUUUUUUUCUUUGUGUGUGUGUGUGUGUGUGUGUGUAGCCAUGAUGUGCAUUUUAUUUUGAACUGCAGAAAUGUAUUGAGCCGAAGCACCUACCUGGUCCUUCCUCAGAUGGCCCAGCAGUUUCCUGCUAUGCAAGUGACUGCUGAAGGGCUCAGGUCUGGCUCCCUAGCACCCCUCACAGGAGGAGGUGAAAUGCAGCCCACUCCCAGUGCGUUGUAUGAACAGUGUGAGGCUGUUCCAAUCAGUGUCAAUUAAAAACAGCCUCCAGUCCGCGGUAUCAAGAACCAGAACUUCCUCUCUUCUGCUAGCUUCCCAGUCUCCACUCUGAGGCCUGAGGUGUGAGAUGUCCAGUGACACCUCGCAUAGGUAUCUGGCUAGGUAAGGCACUCAAGUCUGCAUUAUAGGGCUUUGCUAUUUUAUUACUAAUGUACGAAGCAACACAGCAAGAAACAUACUGGUGUAUUUAUUUAUACAGCUGGUUAUUGUGGCAGAUAAGGCUUAAGAACCUUAUUUUUACUGUCUGGCUAUCUAAAAAUGCACCCUGGAAAAAAGCAAUAAAUAGCACACUUGGAUACAUAGGGAACAGAAACCGCAACCACAAGACAAAAAGCCACUUGAGAUGUACAGUCAUAUACCAGAUAGAAAGGAACUCCAAAAACCUCCGUGGUUUAAGGGAAAGCAGUAAUUACUCAAAUGCAGUAAUUCACUGCAUGCAGAGCAAUGAGGUGCUGCAGCUGUAAUGCAUUAUAUCAAUUACACGGGUCUGACAGAAUGGGCUCUUCCACACUGUACAAAUGAAGUCAGGAAAACUGUUCCCUGUAACCCCAUGUACCCAACUCCACACAGCAGUUUUUCCUCACUUCUGCAGCACACCUUUCCAGAAGCAUGAAAGAGAUACAGAGAACGCUUGCAAUGUGUCGUUUAUUCAGUUCUUCCUUUUAAGUUCUCAAUGUUUAAGUUUAUUGAAUGUAAACAUUUUCUUUAUAGAAGGCUCUUUAUAGCACAAUUUGUUUUUACAGUAUAAUUAAAUAUUUUCAAAAUUCUGUUUUUCUUUGUAAACAAGUUGGUUUGGUAAUUAAAGAACUGGUUAUACUGAA